GAUUUUUGGACUGUCAUUGUCAAAGUGACGAAUUUUAUUUAAUUCACACGCGCAGUUUAAUAACUUUUAUCCGUGCAAUAUUAAAUAGUAUUCAAAAUGGCUAAAAAGAAACUUUUGCCAAAUUUAUCUAAAGAGGAGAAAAUGGUGAUAGUAAUAUCGGAGAUCAUACAAGAGUUGUUGGUCGCUCAUCGCCAAGGGAAAGAUGUUAACCUAAACAAGAUGAAGACGCGUAUUUCUUCGAAAUAUGGUCUAGGGACUUCUCCUCGUUUGGUGGAUAUCAUAGCGGCGGUGCCGGCGGAUUCAAAGAGUAUAUUGGUGCCCAAAUUGAAGGCUAAGCCUAUACGUACGGCGUCAGGAAUCGCUGUGGUUGCGGUGAUGUGUAAGCCUCACAGAUGUCCGCACAUAAACUUCACGGGGAACAUUUGUGUGUACUGCCCGGGCGGUCCGGACUCGGAUUUCGAGUACUCUACGCAGAGCUACACGGGCUACGAGCCGACGUCGAUGCGCGCGAUCCGGGCGCGCUACAACCCGUACCUGCAGACUCGCCACCGGGUGGAGCAGCUAAAGCAGCUGGGGCACAGUGUGGAUAAGGUGGAGUUCAUUGUUAUGGGUGGGACAUUUAUGAGCUUGCCGGAGGACUACAGAGACUACUUUAUUAGGAAUCUCCAUGAUGCCCUCUCCGGACAUACAUCAAGUUGUGUUGCUGAGGCUGUGAAAUAUUCAGAGAGGGCCAAGACGAAGUGCAUCGGAAUCACUAUUGAGACUAGACCGGACUAUUGUUUGCAGAGGCAUAUGAGUGACAUGCUUAACUAUGGGUGCACCAGGUUGGAAAUAGGUGUGCAGUCUGUGUAUGAAGACAUAGCUAGAGACACCAACAGGGGACACACAGUGAAGGCUGUCUGUGAGAAUUUCAACUUGGCUAAAGAUGCUGGGUACAAGAUAGUCGCCCAUAUGAUGCCAGACCUUCCUAACGUAGAUUUCGAACGAGACGUCGAACAAUUUAUAGAAUUCUUCGAGAACCCCGCUUUCAGGGCCGAUGGUCUAAAGAUCUAUCCAACCUUAGUGAUCAGAGGAACAGGCUUGUAUGAGCUAUGGAAGACGGGCCGGUACAGGAGUUACCCGCCGUCGACUUUGGUUGAUCUGAUUGCAAAGAUUCUGGCGUUGGUGCCUCCGUGGACCAGAGUUUACAGAGUGCAGCGCGAUAUCCCAAUGCCUCUGGUCUCCAGCGGCGUAGAACAUGGUAAUCUGAGAGAGCUGGCGCUCGCUCGCAUGGCAGAUUUGGGAACGGACUGCCGAGAUGUUCGCACUAGGGAGGUUGGCAUACAGGAGAUUCACAACCGCGUGCGACCUUAUGAGGUGGAGCUUAUUCGCCGCGACUACGUAGCCAACGGCGGUUGGGAGACGUUCUUGGCAUACGAGGACCCCGACCAGGACAUCCUAGUAGGGCUACUGAGACUCAGGAAAUGCGCCAGUGACACUUACCGCCCCGAGCUCAAACCUGGACCCGGCGCGGACUUUAAACAGUGCAGUGUGGUUCGGGAGUUGCAUGUCUAUGGUAGCGUUGUGCCGGUAAACGCCCGCGAUCCAACCAAAUUCCAGCACCAAGGUUUUGGAAUGCUCCUCAUGGAGGAAGCAGAGCGCAUCGCGCGCGAGGAGCACGGCUCUGACAAAAUGGCGGUCAUUUCGGGCGUCGGCACGCGCAACUAUUACGCCAAGAUUGGGUACCGGCUCGAGGGACCCUACAUGGUCAAGAUGCUUUGAAUAAAAUAUACCUACUGAUAAAUCGU